AUGACGAAGGACUCGGGCGGCUCGGGCUCUAGCCCUGAUUCUGGGACUGGUUCCGGCUCAUCGUCUGGCGGCUCUGGCGAAACUGCCCGCCCUAAAGCGCCUCAAAAUCCAUCCCAGUCGAUCACGUUUACUUUCUCUUCCCGAAACUCUCCAUUUGCACACUUGUCCCCUCCUGGGUCAUUCACCUUUGUGUCCAAUAAACGAAGAGGCAGCGAGCCAUCCCGCGAUCGGCCAUAUCGCAAGCAGCAAAGCUCACAACCGUCUGGGUGGAUUGCCCUCCCACCCCUCAAACCCGUUACUGAGGUAUCCCCGCUUUUUGAACCGCUUAGCUCGAGUAACAAUACGUCUCUGACCCGCGCUUCGAAAACAAACACCGCUGUAUUUUCGUCACGUUCACCUAAUAAUGCACGUACAUCCCCACGACUUUCCCUCAUGGCUCAGCAUCAUCAUGCUACCUCUCCCCAUCCCUCGUUCAAUACACCACCUCAACUAGUCACACCUCCCCCUCAAGAUCCAUUCGGAGAGCUCAGGCGAUCAGCCCACGACAGCUACUUUCCUCCCAUGCCUUCAUCUCAAGGUGGGAGCUCGAGUCAUCGGUCCAAACCCAAGGGCAAAUCAUCGAAACGAUCGUCGCAAACUCUUCAAUCCAAGAUCGAGCAGCCACAACCCGUACAUUUUUCGUCCCAUAACACACCCGAUAUGUCCCACGAAUCAGGUACAUCACAGUCAACCCCCCGGGUACUCUCCCGUGCUGGCCAUGAGAGUCUUCCCGCCAGUUCCGCUCUAAUUCCUUCCACUCAAUCCUCCACCACUCCAUCAACGCAACGCAAAUUGCACACGUCUAGCCCUCUUCGUCCUAAAGCUCUGCCUCAACCCUCCGAACCCCCCCAGCCCAAACCAGGCUCCCCACCAGCGCAACCUUCUAUCGACGCAUUCCGGGAUUGCUUCGGGGUACUUACGGAGCGCAUCGAGAAUGUAUUCCCAACUCGCUACCGCCAGCGUGCUGGCAGAAGUAACAGCGGAGGCCCCGAAAAUUUCAGUGCAAUAGGAUCGGGUCCGAGUUUGAGCGAGUCUCAGAGGCGAUGGACACAACGGUGGAUACGUCGUACCCUUCGCGGAGUGGGAAGUAUGGGUAGCGGAAGUACAAGUUCGGGAAGCGCCAGUGCGGGUGGAGGCGCAUCGAGAAUAAGGAGAGGAGAGGGCAGAACAACAGCUUCUUCAAUGGCCAAUACCAUGAUUUAUCUCGGGCUGGAGUCCGGGAGUGACGCCGGAGGGCAAGAGACGAAAAGGUCGAUUGGAUCGGGAUCACAGGAUUCAUUGGAUAGGGUGCGAGUAUCCCGUUCCAAUGCGUCAUCGCCUUCAAACUCGAGUACCGGUAAAAACGCCGUUACUUUGGCGGCCGCGGGAUCGGACGAAGAAAUUCCCAAGGCCGCAGAGGUAAAGCCCCCCGAUGCGGCACCACAACCAACCGCUGUAGCAUAA